AUGUCUACCUCUCGAUACAUCCCUCACUCUAACAAGCCGCCUGCCGACCUGCGGGUCCUGCAAGAGGACAUUCAAGACGCACUCAUGUCUAACGCGAGGCGUAUUCACAGGCACUCGGCUACCCGAGCUGGUGUACACAUUGAUGGACUGGCAGGAGUAUAUCUCAUGGACAAGAGCGUGGCAGGAUUCGUGCCAUCGGACCUGGCGAAAUCGACCAUCGCUCCCCUUACGUCCCAGCAGUUGACGGUCCCACAUUCAGGAUCCCGCGCUUCGUUUCUCGAAACCAGCGUCGGAUCAGCAACCCUCAUCCUGAAGGAGAGGCUCUGGGUCAGCUCUGGUCUGCGCAAGGCCAGCGUCAGCGGGAGCGAUCUGCAGAAGAUUGAAGAGUCGUGGACGACUUGCGUUCAGCUACUCGAAGCUGCCCUCCAGGUUUCGGCCAAUGAAGAGAUGGACGAUGACGGUUGCGAAGUCCUGUAUGGCCGCGCAGGACUGCUGUACGCUCUGCAUUUUCUUCGUACGGAACUCGCGUCUCUUCGCGACGGUGGUGUGUCGAUCAGCCAGACCGAGGACCCCGCCAUUCAUGCCGUUGCAUCGCUCUGCGCCAAUGCCAACGUACAAGCGCUCGUUGAGGACAUCAUGAAGCGAGGCAAAAUCGGUGCUCGCGAAUACAAAGAGGAGCUUGCAAGUCUCAGAGACGAGCGCGACAAGGUGCCUCCCCUCAUGUGGAGAUGGCACAGCUCUCGGUAUCUUGGAGGCGCACACGGUGUCGUUGGGAUUCUGCAUAUGCUCGUCCUAACGCCGUCAAGCAUCAUUCAACCCCAUUGGCCAGACAUCGUCGAGAUGAUCGAAUGGCUGCUGGCGAUUCAGGAGCCGCUUGGGAAUUGGCCUUCAAAAGCUGGAAGGCACUUGUAUCACGUCGCUGGCGGUACAGCGACAAGCACAGAGGCGAAGCGGGUGAGCAUCGGCGAGGAUGAUCGCCACGAGCUGUUGCAGUGGUGUCAUGGCGCCCCCGGCGUGCUCAUGCUGCUGUCCAUGUUCCUCAAUCGAACCGCGCAGUCAUCUUCGCUCGCCAUCUCAUCGUCCCUCCGCGAUCGGACCAUCGCGGCCUUGCAGCGCGGCGGCGAGCUCGUCUACACUCACGGCCUACUCCGCAAGGGCGUCGGACUCUGCCAUGGCGUUGGUGGCAGCGUGUAUGCGCUCCUCGCCGUCUCCGACGCGCUCGACUCGGGGGAGGACACUUAUUGGCUCGUGCGCGCGGUGCACCUCGCGCACCUGGCCACGGAGUACGGCGCGCUGGAACGGAAGGGCGAGAUGUAUGUGCCCGACGAGCCGUACAGCCUGUAUGAAGGCGUUGCGGGGAUGUGCUGUGCAUGGGCGGAGGUGCUCGCGAGGCUCGGCGUACCGAGCCGUGGUGUUGAGAAGAGAAAGUCGGGGAUGCCCGGUUAUGAUGACUUAUGA